UGCCGCCUCUCUCGGGGUCUUCCCUGGUUCCUGUCGUCGCGCGGUUCCUGUUGGGGAAGUAGGAGUGGGCGAGCGGGGGCUUCCGGGGCGCUGGGCAGGUAGGAGCGAUGCCGAAGGGCGGCCGCUGCCCGGACUGUGGCUCCGCUGAACUCGUGGAAGACUCGCACUACUCGCAGAGCCAGCUCGUGUGCUCCGCCUGCGGCUGCGUGGUCACCGAGGGGACCCUAACCACUACCUAUACCGAUGAGGGCAACCUUCGAGAAAUAACAUAUUCUCGAAGCACCGGGGAAAAUGAGCAAAUUAGUCGCAGCCAGCAACGAGGUCUUCGCCGAGUGAGAGACCUUUGUCGAGUGCUCCAAUUACCACCAACGUUUGAGGACACAGCAAUUGCCUAUUACCAAAAGGCAUACAGGCACUCUGGCAUCCGUGCUGCCAGGCUCCAGAAGAAGGAGGUGUUGGUGGGCUGCUGUGUUUUAAUCACCUGCCGGCAGCAUAAUUGGCCCCUUACCAUGGGAACCAUUUGCACCCUGUUAUAUGCAGACCUGGAUAUGUUUUCUGGCACCUACAUGCAGAUAGUGAAGCUUCUGGGGUUAGAUGUGCCAUCUCUGUGCUUGGCAGACUUGGUGAAGACUUACUGCAGCAGCUUCAAACUGUUCCAAGCCUCAUCUAUGCCAGCCAAAUAUGUAGAAGACAAAGACAAGAUGCUGUCUCGGACACUGCAGCUGGUAGAGCUGGCCAAUGAAACAUGGCUGGUGACUGGUCGGCAUCCUUUGCCUAUCAUCACUGCAGCUGCUUUUCUAGCAUGGCAGUCUCUGCAGCCUUCACAUCGGCUAACGUGUUCCCUUGCCCGAUUUUGUAAACUGGCAAAUGUGGACCUGCCCUACCCUGCUGCCUCCCGCUUGCAGGAACUGCUGGCCGUGCUGCUGCAGAUGGCUGAGCAGCUGGCCUGGUUGCAGAUUCUGAAACUUGACAAGCGAUCUGUGGUUAAGCACAUUGAUGACCUUCUCCAGCACCGACAGCUGCUAAUCCGCAUGGCCUUUCGAGAUGGGACAGCAGAAGUGGAGUCCCAGGAGGAGGUGCAGGGACAACAGCAAGAACAGGAAGAAGUGGAGGACAAUUCCUUAGAUAUGCCCAGAGGGAAGCGACCCGCCAGUCCUGCCCUUCUCCUCCCACCCUGCAUGUUGAAGCCCCCAAAACGGAUCCGUAGCACAUCCCCUGUCUCCACAGUGACUGGAGAUGAAAACAUUUCUGAUAGUGAGAUAGAGCAAUACUUGCGGACCCCUCAGGAAGUAAGGGACUUUCAGAGAGCUCAAGCUGCUAGCCAGGCUGCCAUGGGUGCCCCUAACCCUCCUUGAUGCUCUCCAUUUGGGGGUACUUUGUCUUAUUGUGAGCAGCAUGAUAAUAGGCCUGUCAUGGCACGGGAAGUAAGUGGACUUGAAUAGUAUCUUGUUUGAAGGAACCAAGGGUGUCCAGUCAGCUGGUCCUGAGGUCCUGGAGUAGGAGCUGGGAGGAACAAGUUACAAAUGUUUUGCAUUCUGUGGGGUGGUUUUUUCCCUAAAACACUUCUGGAAAAUGCCAGACUCUCCUGCCUCAGUUUGAAUUCUUCACUGCUCUUGUGGAGCAGCUGGCAUUCCCAGUGGUACCAACCUUAGGAGAAACAGUAGCUGGGGAAAUCUUGGCUCUGUCCAUUCUAGGCACCACAUGUAUGGUGUUAAAAGAUCCUCUAUCUCAUUAAGAAAUGACUGGGUGGAUUGCAGCUAUAACUCAAAGGGCUUUGCAAAACUUUAAUAUAUUAAAACAAGAGGCAUCUUCUAGAAAACAUUUCUAUUGUAUAAAACCCAAGCUUUUUAAAAACA